CUCUCAGCUCAGACAGAGCGCCGAGAGCCCACGCGAGCCACUGUUAGAGCAGAGGUAGAUAGGCAAACACAUAGAACUCCCGUUCUGCAAAACAAUAAAAGUACAAAGUCAAUUCAAAACAACAUCCAUCCAAGAGGGUCAGAACCUGACUGGAUGAGUCACUUAUUAAUUAGAUCAAAAAAAAUCAACAUUGAUCUGUUGAAUCAUUUCAAUGGAUGUUAGGGAAUCAGUAUUAAGGACACUUUUGAUUUUUUCUGAAAAGACAAGUGGAUCUUAACUCAUCUCUGAGAGAACAAGGACGACAACGGGACAACUGGAGAGCAAGAGUCACAGAGCAAGACGGCAAACGAAAGCUUCCUCCACAUCGGCAGAAGUGUGCAGCGCUCCCUGAGCAGGGCAAAGUGAUUACUUCCACCUGCGAGGCAUCGCUCAGCCAGUGUGCGACCAGCCUCCCUCCCGGCGUUCAUCACCAGCCCCCCAGCGCAGCUCCAGCACCAGCAGAGGAUGGCUGCAGCCAAGACCGAGAUGAUCCUCCCAACCCUGCAGAUCUCAGAGUCUCUGAGCUUCCCUCACUCCCCCAUGGAUAACUAUCCCAAGCUGGAGGAGGUGAUGAUGCUCAGCUCUGCAGGCACCCCCUUCCUUACUGCCUCCGCACCCGAAGGUGCAGGCUUUGGCUCCGGGGAGCCAGGAGAACAGUACGACCACCUUGCCGGAGAUACGUUACCUGAUAUCCCCUUUAACUGCGAGAAGUCAUUGGGAGAUCAGACCUACCCCACCCAGAGGCUGCCCCCCAUCUCUUACACGGGCCGCUUCACCCUGGAGCCCGCCACCGCCUGCAGCAACAGCCUCUGGGCGGAGCCCAUCCUGGGCCUGUUCACUGGUCUGAUGGGCAAUAUUGCCCCCAGCUCUUCCUCCGCUGCCUCGCAGACCACCUCGUCCUCCUCGGCAUCGAUCCCGUCCUCCACUUCUUCCUCUUCUACCUCCUCCUCUCAGAGCCUCAGUUCCUCCAUUCACCACAAUGAGCCCAACCCCAUCUACUCCGCCGCCCCAACCUAUUCCAGCCCCAACUCUGACAUCUUCCCGGACCAAGGCCAGGCUUUCCCCAGCUCGGCCGGUGGUGUGCAGUACCCUCCUCCUGCCUAUCCCAAUGGCAAGACCUGCAACACCAGCUUCCCUGUGCCCAUGAUUCCCGACUACCUCUUUCCUCAGCAGCAGGGAGAGAUCAGCCUGGUGCCCCCUGAUCAAAAGCCCUUCCAGAGUCAGUCCAACCAGCCGUCCCUCACCCCUCUGUCCACCAUCAAGGCCUUCGCCACCCAGACCGGCUCCCAGGAUUUAAAGAGCGUCUACCAGUCCCAGCUGAUUAAGCCCAGCCGCAUGCGCAAGUACCCCACCCGGCCGAGCAAGACGCCACCUCACGAGAGGCCCUACGCCUGCCCCGUGGAGACGUGCGAUCGCCGCUUCUCCCGCUCCGAUGAGCUGACUCGCCACAUCCGUAUCCACACUGGCCAGAAGCCCUUCCAGUGCCGCAUCUGCAUGCGCAACUUCAGCCGCAGCGACCACCUGACGACACACAUCCGCACCCACACGGGUGAGAAGCCCUUUGCCUGCGAGAUCUGCGGACGCAAGUUCGCCCGCAGCGACGAGAGGAAGAGGCACACAAAGAUCCACCUGCGGCAGAAGGACAAGAAAGCGGAAAAGACGGGAGCGGUGGUGGUGAGUGCAGCGGCGGCAACAUCUGCCUCCUCACCUGCCUCCAGCUACCCUUCGCCCAUCACCUCCUACCCCUCUCCAGUGUCCUCCUAUCCCUCUCCAGUCACCUCCUGCUACUCCUCUCCAGUCCACACGUCCUAUCCGUCUCCUUCCAUCGCCACCACCUACCCAUCAGUGUCCAUGUCCAGCACCUUUCAGUCCCAGAUUGCCUCUUCCUUCUCCUCCUCAGUCGCCUCUCACAUCUACAGCUCCCCCAUCCCCACCCCGCUAUCAGACAUGCAGACCACUCUCUCCCCAAGGACAAUCGAGAUCUGCUAAAAAAAACUUUCUACAGUCUCUCUGCACCUCUCCUUCCUUAAGGUUCUUUGAGGAGAAAGAAAUCAGCAUCAAAAGACUUUGUUUUCUCCUCCAAAAAGCACUUUGUUUGUCUGCUGAUUUAAAAGCCACACGUCAAGGACUGGGCAACGACAGCAAAAGAUGAGAAGGGAUUUCUUCCUGUCCCUGUAAAACAAAUGCAGCUCUUCAAAUGUUUAAGGGACUCAGCAGAUAAGGGUGCGGGAGCUGACGGGUCUCUUCUAAUAGAUACACAGAAACCAAGAGACUGACUGAGAGGCACCUUGAAGGCACUCCCUACAGUAGGCUACAAAAGACUUUGAAUGAUAUACAUAAGCUACCAUAUAUGUAUAUUGUACAUGUGCCAUGUUUCGUUUUUAUCAUUCUUUGGUACCAUUGAUGUGAAACAUGAUUUGCAUAUUUGCAUUGUAUUAUUUGAAGUGAGCAGGGCCAUAUUUUCUACAUACUUUCUCUAUUAUGUAGUGAUGAUGCUGUGAUACGUUUUGACAUUGUUUGAAAAAAAAAAGCACUUAAGUAUUCAAGCAUGAGUUAGAGUGAUGUUAAUUUCUGUUUGUAAAUAUCAUCCAGUGGUACUAUCUCUUUCUCUCUUUCUCACAUGUGACAUAUCGCUCGGUUAUAUGGAAAAAUAGAGAAAAGAAAAAAUACAUUUAAAAGGAAAAAAAAAACAACUAAACAAGAAAAACGCUCCCGUUAUUUGGUGCCUUUUUGUGAAGCCGUGCUGAAGUUCUGACUCGGCUGUGAGCGAGAGGAUGCACUGCAUCUCGCCUUAAGGGUUGAGGGAAUAUUUUUGUUACAGAAUGUAAGUCAUAAUCAGAGCGAGGAAAAAGGGACGAGCUACGAGGGCACCGCUUCAUUUCAUUAGAAUGUAAGCAAAAAAACUAUAAAGUAUAUUUUUGUAAAAGUGUAAAUAUCCACAUCUUCAAGAGCUGGAAUGUUGAAGUUACCUACUGAGUAGGCAUGGGAUUCUUUUGUAUGUUAUAAACAUGCAGUUCAUUAUUUUGUGGUUAUCUUAAUUUUGUAUUUGUGUUUGUUAAAACAAGUGACUGUUUCUGGCUUCUAAACACAUUGAAUGCGCUUAACUGCCAACAGGAUAUUUGGUGUACAAGAUAUCCUCCCAGAAAUGAAAUCUAAAUAAAAUUAUGAAUAUAUAUAUAUAUGUA